UUCUUGUGAAGUUUAACUAGAAAUGCAAUUUGAUGAGGUUUAUAUUCUACUUUUUCAGAUAGUUGUUGAGUAUGAGCUGCUCUAAGAAAAUUCUGGUAAUUUUGGCGGAAGGAGCCGAAGAAAUGGAAGUUGUUAUUCCAGUUGACGUGAUGAGGAAAGCUAAAAUCAGCGUUACUUUGGCUGGAUUGAAGUCUGAUGAGAAUGUGAAGUGUUCGAGAAAUAUUGUUUUAAAGCCGGAUACUGCUCUUGCAUCUGUUGCUAAUGACAUUUUUGACGCUGUCUUGAUACCUGGAGGCGUAAAUGGAGCUAAAAAUCUGGCAGAUGAUGUAACUGUAGGCUUGGUAUUGAAAAAACAUUCAGACGCAGGUAAAAUAGUUGCUGCAAUUUGCGCAGGGCCUACGGCUGUUGCGAAGCACGGAAUCGACAAUGGAAAAAAAGUGACAUCUCAUCCAUCAGUUAAGAGCGUAAUGGAGGAAGCGGGGUAUGAUUACUCAGAAGACCGAGUGGUAGUUGAUGGUAACCUGAUCACCAGCCGGGGGCCUGGAACUGCGUUUGAACUAGCUUUCGCGAUGAUUGAGGCUCUAAUUAAUAAAGAAGCAGUGGAAGCGCUGAAACCUGGAAUGCUGAUCAAAGAUAGUUAAUUGCUAUUAAUCGACUUAUUGGAAGAGAAGACUGAAAAUAUCGCACCUUAAGUUUGCUGGUAUUGCACCUUAAGUAUGAUUGUUACUUCAAUCAUGCAAAUAAUUUAGAAUGUGUUGAUUGCAAUUUGUAAUUUAUACUGCGUUGUCAAAUUUGGUAUAAAAACGUUUUUAAGAAAAUCUAAUUAGAUUACUUGCUUGGGAGACGCUUAGUUUUUUGUGUCACAUGAACGAAGGAAAUUGGGCUACUGCC